AUGAAAAAUAUGAUUUUUAUCUCAUUUGCUCUUCCCUGUAUUCUUGAAUCUAGAGGUCGAUUGCUACAAAAAACUACAGAAAGAUCAAUUGUUUCAAAAAACGACGAUUUUAAGGCAGUUUCCAUAACCAAACAUUGUCUUCAUGGACACGAACACCAUGAAAGGAAAAGUCGUUCGUCCAUCGAAGUUAGUGAGGCACAAAAUGGGACAAAUAUAAAACGUUCCGUACAAAAACCAAGAAUAUCUUUAAUAAAAAAGCCUAUACCAACGUACGUUGAAAUUGAUUACGAAGAAGACUAUCAAACAAGAAUGGUUCGUUGGCCCGAAAAGUACACAGAAUCUAGUGAGAAUGAAGAUGAAGAUUUCAGUGUUGAUGAUUACGAAUUUGAUGUGAAUCACGAUGAGUAUAUUACAAGAGGGAAACCACUAGAACCAAGACGCAAAGUUAAAAUCGGUACAAAUUAUAAUAAUACGAAAUUAGUGCCUGACUUUGAAGCUAAAUCUACAUCUGAGAAAAUUAAAGUGAUAAAUGACGAAGUGGUAACAUCACAAAACAAGAUCCCUAAAAAACGUGAAGAAAUAUUUGUAGAAACCACAAAAAAACCCAAGUAA